AUGGCAUCUCUCUCGGCUUCCUCUCAAUCCACCACCGUCGCCGGCACACAAAUCGACAACACCGGCAUCUCGGCAUCCCUCAAGUUCGUAGUCUCUAACUUGCGUACCCUCUCCCUCUUAACCUAUAAGAAAAACUCUAUUCAAAUUUAUCUUCUUGUAUAUGUUGACGAUUUUUUGAUUACAGGCAACAACAAACCGGUUAUCCAGGAUCUCAUUAAACAACUGCAAGACAUAUUCAACUUGAAGAAGCUCGGCCUUGCAAAUCAAUUCCUCGGCAUCUCCAUUACGCACAAACCGAACGCUUACUUCCUGUCUCAAAAAGCCUAUGCUCUGAAAAUCUUACAUCAAUCAGGACUCUUUGAUUGUAAUCCUCUAGCAAAUCCGACGUCCACCAAACUUCCUUCCAACAUUCCGACAUAUUCAAAUCUAUCCGAUCCAGUUACCUAUCGGCGUAUAACGGGCGCCUUGCAAUAUCUUACUUUAACAAGACCUGACAUUUCUUUUGCUGUUAACAUAGUUUCACAACACAUGCAUAAUCCCGGUCCUGAUCAUAUUUAUCUCUUAAAACGUAUACUCAGGUACAUUAAAGGAAUGGUGAAUUUCGGUCUUCCCAUCUCCCAAUCCGAUCUUCAGCUCUGUUCAUUCUCCGACGCCCACUGGGCAGGCGAUCCCUCAUCACGAAAAUCUACGACCGGAUACUGUACAUUUCUCGGACAAACUCUCGUCUCAUGGGCUGUAAAAAAACAAACAACUGUAGCGCGUUCGUCCACCGAGUCAGAAUAUAGAGCGCUAGCCGCGGCAACCGUCGACAUCAUCAGGAUCAAAAGAUUGCUCUUCGACUUCAAUAUUGCCAGCUCCUCUCCCUCCGAUCUCUACUGUGACAACACAUCCGCAAUAGCUCUUGCAAAUAAUCCGGUAUUUCACGCAAUGACAAAACAUAUUGAGAUCGAUCACCAGUUUAUACGCGAUCAAAUACAACAAAACUACAUCAAUCUCCUACCUAUCAGCUCCAUUGACCAGAUCGCUGACAUUUUUACCAAGAAUCUCACUACUCCAAGCUAG